CGAAAGGCGAGUGUCGGUGAGGAAGUGAGUCAUGAAUAAAAAUUAAUAUUUGGGCCCAUAAUAUUUAUACGAAUUUCGUAGUUUAGGACUCACUUUGAAGAACACACAUUUCACUACAGAUGUACAGAUAUUUUGGAUUACGGAUCUUAUGAAGACAGUUUGCAGGCAGUGUUCCAGGCAGUCCAUUUGUGUGAGAAGCUCACUAGCGCAAUAUCAAACAUUGUCUCCAUUUCUUAUUAAUAAGAACUUUAUUAUCCUUAGAAUUGGAUUCUAAGAAAUGAACAUGGGGCAAAAAGUAUCGGGCGGAAUAAAAACUAUUUCAAAUACACGUGAACCAACAUACAAAGCUAUUAAUAGAGAACCUGCUUACAAUCCUGAUUUUCAAAAACCUAGUCGACUAGAUGCCCUCCUCGACAUGCCGCCUGCCCAGCGGGAAGUUCAGCUACAGCAUGCUUGGAAUAAGGAUGACAGAUCAUUAAAUAUAUUUGUGAAAGAAGAUGAUACAACAACAUUUCACCGUCACCCGGUUGCUCAAAGUACAGAUUGUAUUAGAGGACGCGUUGGCUACACAAGAGGGCUACAUGUGUGGGAAAUUAUUUGGAGCACUAAACAGAGAGGAACACAUGCAGUAGUCGGUGUUUCUACAAUAGAUGCUCCCCUACACUGUGUUGGUUAUCAGUCAUUGAUAGGAAGUAGUAAGGAGUCAUGGGGAUGGGAUCUAGGCCGAAAUAAACUAUACCACGAUGUUAAAACAAACCCUGGUCUCACUUAUCCCAAACUUUUAAAUUCAGAUGAAAAUUUUGUUGUGCCAGAUGGUUUCCUUGUAGUUCUUGAUAUGGAUGAAGGAACACUAAGUUUUGUUGUAGAUGGUCAAUUUUUAGGUGUGGCUUUUAGGGGAUUAAAAGGCAAAAAACUCUAUCCAAUUGUUAGUGCAGUGUGGGGACAUUGUGAAAUACAAAUGAAAUAUAUAGGAGGUCUUGAUCCUGAACCCCUGCCUCUGAUGGACAUCUGUAGACGGUCAAUACGAAGUACAUUAGGGAAAAACAGACUGCCUGAUAUACAUAAACUACCAUUACCAAACUCACUUAAAAGUUAUUUAUUAUAUCAAUCUUAGCCUUUUCAUGUCUAUAUCGGAACAUUCUUAAUUUAUAAUGAACCUGAAAAAGAUUGAAUAGUAUUAUAAAGUUACAUGAAAAUAAUAUUGGUAUGGGAUGCUUUUCUCAGUUAAAUUAUAUUUUAAUGUGCAGUUUCUAGAACCAAGAUUCAUUACACUUUCAAAAUAUGUAUAUGUAUCAUUUAGUGUUGAAACUUGCAACUAAUCCUAGCAUACGACUAUUUGUCUGCAUGGGUACCCAUUUCUUUAUCUCCCCAUGAUAAUGCUACUUGUAAACUGCACUAUUAUUAGCAUUACAUGUAUCUCUUGUAUAAUAAAACACCUAGUUGAAGUACAAUAUAUAAAAAUCUGCUUUCAAGCACACUCGCAAAAUUUUUUGCUAGAGCUAUCGAUUCAUUCUGCUGCACCGGAUCAAGAUUUUUGCUAUUAAUUCACCAAGCUAUAAAAAUAAACACAAAACUAAAAAAUCUUUCAUUACUGCGUGCCGAGAAGAUUGACCUCACCGUUCUGCCAAAUACAUCUGGUGUUUCAGCCAAUCAAAAAUUUGUCUAGAAUUAUACUCGGUAACCUAUCGCGUGAAUUUCAUCGAUCAACAAAUUCUUGAAGAUAAAAGUCAUUGUGCAAAAAUAUGUAGAUUAUCAUUAACUACAAAGGGAUUAUUCUUUCCAGCUAAUUUGGAUUUUUGAAACCUUUUCUCAAAACAAAUGUAUAUUUUUUCAAUGAUAUUUUAGCAACUAAAUAAUCAAGAGUCUGCUAUAAACAAACAUCAUGGCGACAUGGUCGUUGUCAUCGGGUACUGUAUUGUAAUGGAUUCAAAGUGUAUAUGACAAUAUUUUUGCCUUGAAAAAUUGUAGAUUUUGAUCAUAUUUUGACGAGUGCUUUUUUUACGAUCGCUUAAAUGCUUGCAAAAAAUGAAGCCCUGCUGCCAGUACAAAUAUAAUGUUCAUGUAACUUUAUGAUCUGUUGAGUAAAAAAUAUAUGUUGUUAAAUAAGAGCACAGAUUUGAAAAAAAGUCAAGUUUUAACAACUACAUGUAGAGUGAAAAAAACUGAUGGUCAUCGUGGAGAUGUUUGUAUUCAGGAAAAUGACAUCAUUCUAAAUGAAACUGGAUUUUAACAUAAAGUUGAUUAAAUUUAUUAGAUCUGUGCUUCUAUUUUCCAUAUGACAUGGACUCCAGCUACCUAGUCAAGACCACAGUGCUGCUAUUAUGUAGUGAAACUCAAUGGUCUAUUUUUUAAUGUGAAGUUUGUACAUAAAUAUCAUAACUUAUCACUUUUAAUUAUCAAUACGUUACAAACCAGUUCAUGCUCAUUUAAGUUUUCAUCAGAGAUAAUUUAAUAUUCUCUAUUAGUACAUUCACUACAUUGACUAAAAUUGAUAACGCAGUUGUUCAUUUAUUAAGUGGAUCUCUUUUUUUAUAUAUUAAAAAUUAUCCAAAUACAAUUGAGACAUGUAGAUGUAUUUGUUUUGAAUUCCCAAAAUCUCCAAAUAUAACACUGUUUUAAGAAGGAUGUGUGCAAUAUUGAACAUAAUGAAAUGAAGAUUGUAUGGCUCCCUUGUAUUCUGGACAGAAAUUGCCUAAAGUACAAUGUACUUGUCAGUGUAGUUUUGUGCCUAUAUGUUUGUAAUUGUAUACAAUUUGUACUAUAUUGAUUAUUAUAUUAUUAAGUGUCUGAUAGCAUAUAAAUCAUCCAUGUCUGUUGAAUGUUGGCUUUGUAGAAAUUUUGUAUUUAUUGUAGUUAAGACUUACCUUUUGUCCAGGGGAUACAAGUUGAUGUCUUAGUAUUUAUUUAAUCUUAAUUUAUUUUGUGGAUUAGCCCUUAAUCCAGCCAGUGCUACAUGUAUAAUUAGUCAUGGUUGUGUAGAUUCAACUAGAAUACAUUACAUACAUAUUUAAAUCUUUGUUAAAUACAAGUGGGUGUAUGAUUUGAAUAGUUGAAAUUGAACUCAGUUUGCCAUAUGAUAUGGAAUACUGUCUUAAAUUCCUGUAGUGGCCAAUAUACAAAUUACAGCUAACCCAAGUUAGUGAUAAUACAUGGUUUUGGGUUCAAUAUGACUUCAUAAAGUAUUAAUUUCUUUAAAGUUAGAAGUAGUGACUAAAAAUAACCCUGUAUCAUUCAACCACUUGUAAUUGACAAUUUUCUGAUUAACAGAAUCUGUCCACACAUGUAUUCAUUCAUGGAAACCUAUUGUAUUCCAUUAUAUUGUUCCAUUUUAGACCAAUAUCAACUAAAUUCUGACUUCAAAUAUGGACCAAGAAUAUUGAGGAUUGUUAUCCUGGAUAUAUAUUUAUUGAUUUAAUGCUUAUGAAUAGAUAUUUAUUAAGCUGAAAUGUCUUGUUUUAUUAUGUUACUUUUCAUUUCUAUGUAUAGAAAAUACUUUUCUUAAUGACAAGUGUUUUUUUUAUCUACUGUAUACCCAAUAAGUUUAAAGUAAUUAAUUUCUUAAAAUAAUUUUCAUUUGAUCUUUCUUGAUGGUGGACAUUUCUUUGAACUCAUUAAUGAUGUUUGUGCAUACACAUGUUCUUGAAGCAAUGACUGCGAGUUUUACAACAUCCGGGCGUUGCUAGAUUACUUCACAAUAGCGACCUCCACGGAAACCUUGACAUUGAACGAACCUUGAACUUUUCAACUCGAUUAUCACGGGUAGAUAUUUUAGCUUGAAAGCGCCAGACUUGGUAUUCACGACGACCGAGGAAUCUGAUAGGCUCACAAGCUGGGCUUGUACCCAAUCUAAAUUAGUGCCGAAAAUGCAGGGUAUUGCGUGAAGGCCUUGAUAAGAUGUGCGUUGUUAAAGUGAAAUCAAGCCUUCUAUUGAAGAUGGUGCAUACAGAACAUUUGUUGAAUUCUAAAGCUCAUAAUUUCAGUCCAUGACUGAAUUCUAACAAAUUAUGAAAGAUAAAUGUCUAAAACUUAGUAUACAUUUGGAAGAUUGAACCUAGCAGAUUUUAAGUCUGAAGAAUUAAAAAGUUAUACCAGAAUACACUGCAGGAUGAUAUAUCUCUCUCAUAUUUUACCUGAUUUAUGAAGUUAAUUAAUUUUAAUGAGAUUUAAUGUUAUAAUUUAAAAUUUUGUAUGAAAUUACCCUUUUGGUUUAGUUUUCUUUUUGAGAAAAAAAAAAAAAAAAGCUAGAAGUACAAUGUAAAUGUUCUAUGUAUUAUUUAUGGUAGUUUUACAUGUACUAUAUGUAAUUAGUAUUAUUUAUUGUAGUUCUAGACUGGUUGAGUGCCUUGAAACACUUAGACUAACCCUGGGUACCUGUCUCUAGUGACAAAGUGAGAUUCUUUGUCUAUUUUAUACUGUAUAUUACUUAGAGGUGGAUAUUUUAGUAUUUCUUUUAGCAGGAAUUGAUACAAUUUUAAAAAUAAAUUUUUAAACAUCUGUGACAAAUUUUAAAAAUAUACAGCUGAUGUUGAAUUAAUCCAAAUGUAAUCCAUUAAAUACUCUUGUGGAUAUAACACAUUUAAUUCAACUUACUUGUACAAUAUAUCUAUUUUAAGCUUAUGUGUUGUGUUACUAUUUUAUUCUCCAUCAUCAUUAAAUUGAAGUAGCAAAUGUGUGUGGUUUAAAAGGCUCGCCAUAAUCAGCAAUAGUUAAACAAGGAGAUUAUUGCUGUUGAAUAACAGUUUUAAAAAUUAUUUGAAUAGGUUUUACCUCUAUCUUUGUUUUAUCUAUUUAUUAUUUUAAUACACAUACAAAAUGGUCUGUAUUUUAAUUUCUAUUGAUUUUAAGUGACCAUUUUAAAAAAUGAAUAAGAAGUAGGGUGUACUUAUAACCCCAUGGUAGAAUUACAGAAUACAUCAUUUAAUUUCAGCUAGAUUGAGUACAUAGUUAUCUUAAGAUAAAAUGAUAUUAGCAUACAUUGCAUUUAUCUUUUGUUUAAACCUAGUAUGUUGUAAUAUUAGAACACAGUGUGUUUUAUUUAUGGUGCUUUGUAAAAUGGGCACCCUGUGAAUGAAUUGUAUAUAGAUUUGUAACAAUAAUGUAUGUGUGCAGUUGACUGUCAGUGUUGUGGGUAAUACACUAUUACUGAGUUUCAUUUUGAAGACCGUCUUCAUCUAUGACACUCUUUACAUGUACAUGAAUAAUUUAAUUUUUCUGUAAUAAAAUAUGCCAAGCUGA